AUGCACCCGCAAGACUAUGCUAUACUUCACAGCACGACUACAACGCGUGCAAAAUCUCCCAUCUCGCUCAACGCACCCCGAGUGACGACAACAAAGGAAAAGAUGGUCUGUGCAAGCUCGGAGACGCUCGAGACAGCUCUCCCUUUCCGAACAACGCUCUGCAUCGUGAUCACGUACGGACCCGCUUCUCUUCUUAGUUCGGCAUGGUUUCUGGCUACGGGCGAUGCGACAAUUGUAUUGACGAGCUUACCCACAAUUGUCGCCGAGCUGCACAGGUCACAGAAUGAAUAUGCAUGGGUUCCGGUUGCAUAUCUGCUUACGCAGACGGCAUUUCAGCCUCUAUAUGGCAAGCUUUGCCGAUAUUGCUGGGGGAUGGUAUAA